ACUGGAAGGUCACAUAUGAUUUAUAAAACAAGUCACAAAAUAUAUAGGGAAGACCAGGGUUAGUUUUCACACUUAUGUAACUCAACACAUAAAACUCCUGGGUUGAAAGGCGAUAAGAUGAAUAUGAAUAAAAAAAUAAAUAAAUGCACAGACAUCACAGCCGACUCUUCAAUGUCAUACAUAGGCUAGAGUGGGAGAUUAGAACAUUUCAUUAAAGUGGGGGUGGUGGGGUCUCAUUAAGGUUUCACAUUGGUCGUGACGUAAGCAACCCACUAACUCACGAGCUCAGAUCCUGCGUGUCCCACCUCGAGCUCAAAACAGACGCAGCGCGCGCUUCGAGCUGCAGCACGCGGAACGGAGCUCCUCUCUGCUGCUCGAGACCGCAAAGACAAGAGCCGUUCCGGAUAACACCAAGAGCAGAAAACAUCUGUGUGCAUCAUGAAGUUUGCGGCUUUAGUCUGCUUGGUUGUUUUCUUCGCUGCAGAUGGAGAGUCCAUGCCAGUUGAGCAGGACAGCCGAAGAGAGGACAUGCUUACCCAGUGUUUAGUUCACAUCCUUUCAAAGGCACUGCAUAAGACUGGUGAUACUCCGCUGCAUCCAGAAUGCAAAAACAUCCUUACACCAGGUCAUUCCUCAGUUGUGAAAAAGGUGGAAGACACGCUAGAACCAGCUCAAGAGGAGCUUAAAAAGCCAAGAGGAGAGUCUAAAGUCAAGGAGGAGGAACUCAUUGAGGAUCUUCUCAAAGCUAACAAACGGGAGGAGCUGGAUGACGAACGUAGCCAGGAAGAGUUCCCAAGUUUUGUUAAAAGAAGAAUCAAAGACAGGCGUGAGGAACUGGAUGAUGAACGGAGCCAGGAAGAGUUCCCAAGUUUUAUGAAAAGAAGAAUGAAAGAAAAACGUGACGAACUGGACGAUGAACGGAGCCAGGAAGAGUUCCCAAGUUUUAUCAAAAGAAGAAUGAAAGAAAAACGUGACGAACUGGACGAUGAACGGAGCCAGGAAGAGUUCCCAAGUUUUAUGAAAAGAAGAAUGAAAGAAAAACGUGACGAACUGGAUGAUGAACGGAGCCAGGAAGAGUUCCCAAGUUUUAUCAAAAGAAGAAUGAAAGAAAAACGUGACGAACUGGAUGAUGAACGGAGCCAGGAAGAGUUCCCAAGUUUUAUGAAAAGAAGGAUGAAAGAAAAACGUGACGAACAGGAUGAUGAACGGAGCCAGGAAGAGUUCCCAAGUUUUAUGAAAAGAAGGAUGAAAGAAAAACGUGAUGAACAGGAUGAUGAACGGAGCCAGGAAGAGUUCCCAAGUUUCUAUAAAAGAGGCAACAAGUAUAAAAGAGAAGAUCCAGAUGAUGAGAGAAGCCAAGAGGAAUUUCCCCAGAAAAGACAUUUUUCCAUCCUCUACAAGCGUGAUAAUCCCGAUGAGGAGCGCAGCCAGGAAGAAUUCCCUCUUUAUGAAUAUAAAAGGAGUCAUCAUCUGACCAGCAGAGAAAAACGUGAAGAACUAGACUAUGAUAGAAGCCAAGAAGAUUUCCCAAGCUACACCCACAAAAGAAACCAUGGGGCUUUUGGAGAAGAAGAGGAUGAGGAGAGUGAGGAAAGAGAGAAGCGGAUCUGGAAGCCAUCACAUAGAUACCACCACAAGAAAAAGCACCACAAACGCAGUGAGAAUGAGGAUUUUGAAGAACCAGACUAUGACAGAAGUCAAGAAGACUUCCCAAGCUACACCCACAAAAGAAGUCAUGGGGAUGGUGGCCACUACAAACCAAACAAAGACCUGCUGAACGAGCAACUUAAUGAGGACUUAAACUCUCGGGAAGAGAGGUCUGAAGAAUCAGAAGAGGUAGAUGAGGAUAUCGCAAAGCGAUACUGGAAACCCACUCAUAGAUACCACCAUAAGAAGCACCACAAACGGGACUCAUCUGAAGAGGAUUAUGGGGAAAGACCCCUGGAAAAAAGGUAUGAGGACUCAGAGGAGAGUGAAGAAAUGGAUAAAAGGAUCUGGAAGCCCACACACAGAUAUCACCAUAAGAAGCUUCAUCACAAGCGUGGCGACUCCACAGAGCUCGUGGAUGAAGAUGAACCCAUCUCAGAGAAGACUCACAGUCUCCACGACUCAACAGACAAUGCCCUCAAGCACCAUUCACCUGAAGAAGAAGAGAUUGUCCAUGAGCUUAAUGUAAAGAGGCAUCCCUUAACCAGCCAAGAGGAGGAAGAUGAGCUCAAGAAAGGACACCAGAGUUCUGCAGAGGAGAAGCAGGACAGAGAGGCUGCGUUGAGGUACCUAACAAAAAAGAAGAAUGAGUUAGAAGAACGUCUACUUAACAAAGGUGACGUCUAUGAGAAGCGUUCCCCAUGGAUUUACAGAGGAUACUACCAUCCAGCCUGGUACAAGAGAGGCCAUAAGGUAGAUGAAAGUACUGACCAGCAUCCCUACCAUAAACUAGAGGACGUUGCCGAGACUCUCCGGUACAAAAGAGGCCUACUUACUCAGGAGGAGUCACCCGAGGAGGAAAAGGGUGUCCCCCAACAGAAGCUUCUCACACCAGAGGAGUUGAAAGAACUUGAGAAACUGGCCUCUGUGGAUCAACAGAUGAAAGAGACAACUUAACCAUUCCUAGAACCAUCUAAGACAUCAUUUUCUUGUGCUGCCUGAUUUGAUUUUCCAUCAGCUUUGAGUGUGCUUUGGC